AACGAAUCAUAGAAUAAGUAAGUAUCUUUAAUGAGAAAAGCAAAUCUGAUGAUACAUUGCCAUUGGGAAAACUCUUUUCAUUCUUAAAUUUUUUUAUACAUCCUGGCGUUGUGUUCAACAUUUGCUGAGGUUUCGAUUGGCCAUUGAAUUCUGUGUUGUCCGUCCACUAUUUUACCUACAAACUUACGACUCGAAACAUAUGGCUCACUACUUACAUCAACACCUUGGGCGCGAAAUUUACGACAAUGACUUCCAACUCCGAUGCUCCGCCUUCGGCGGCCACAGAGGCCGUCUUGGUCAAGUCCGAGGAGAUGCCUGCUGAUGCUCAGAAGGUCGAGGAGUUGGACUUCAACAAGUUCAAAGGCCCCAUCACUGCGGAGAAUCUCUUCGAGGGCAUGCGUCACAUGGGCUUCCAAGCGUCUUCUAUGUGUGAGGCCGUGAGGAUCAUCAAUGAUAUGCGUGCAUGGAAAGACCCGGAGACGGGGGAUAAGACCACAAUUUUCUUGGGAUAUACUUCCAACCUCAUCUCAUCAGGCCUUCGUGGUGUCCUCCGUUGGCUUGUCGAGCAUAACCACGUUUCAUGUAUCGUCACCACGGCUGGUGGCAUCGAAGAGGAUUUCAUCAAGUGCCUUGGUGACACAUAUGUUGGUUCCUUCAGUACCCCUGGAGCCGAACUCCGCCGCAAGGGUCUCAACCGCAUUGGAAACCUCGUUGUUCCUAAUGCGAACUACUGCGCCUUCGAAGACUGGGUCGUCCCCAUUCUCGACAAGAUGCUUGAGGAGCAGGAGGCUAGUAAAGGCACUGAGGAAGAGAUCAACUGGACGCCAUCCAAGGUGAUCCAUCGUCUAGGUAAGGAGAUCAAUGAUGAGCGAUCCGUCUAUUACUGGGCAUACAAGAACAAUAUUCCAGUGUUCUGCCCUGCCAUCACUGACGGAAGCCUCGGCGACAUGCUCUAUUUCCAUACUUUUAAGUCCUCGCCCCUUCAACUGAAGAUCGAUCUGGUUGAAGAUAUCCGACGCAUCAACACCAUUGCUGUCCGAGCCAAGCGGGCCGGUAUGAUCAUUCUGGGUGGUGGUAUCAUCAAGCACCACAUUGCCAAUGCAUGCUUGAUGCGCAAUGGCGCCGAGUCGGCGGUUUACAUCAACACAGCACAAGAAUUUGAUGGCAGUGAUGCAGGUGCUAGACCAGAUGAGGCUGUAUCGUGGGGCAAAAUCAAGAUUGGAGCUGAUAAUGUGAAAGUAUACAUGGAGGCAACAGCAUGUUUCCCCUUUAUUGUGGCAAACACAUUUGCAAAGGAUAUUGGAAAGUCUGACAAAUAGAAAACAAAAGAAUAGAACGCAAAAGUAUGUCAAAUAAAGUGUAUUACAGGUGCGGACAACAUGUGAUCAUCCGUCACCGCAAAGACAUAAUUGACAAAACACCGAUAUUGCUCCAAAGAACUCCAAAGCAGACAUGAAAGCAACCGAUUUAGAUACAAUCAGGCCCCUGGUCACUAUUAAUGUGGAAAGACCCUAACGCCGAA